AUGCUUGAGGCAAGACUCGACAAGGCUAACGACCUGAAGAAGGUUGUCGACGCCAUCAAGGACCUGGUCCAGGACUGCAACUUCGACUGCAAUGACUCUGGUCUGGCGCUCCAGGCCAUGGACAACUCACACGUGGCCCUCGUCUCCAUGAUGUACAAGGCCGAGGCCUUCUCGCCCUACCGGUGCGAUCGCAACAUCGCCCUCGGUGUCAACCUGGUCUCGCUCACCAAGGUCCUCCGCGCCGCCCAGAACGACGACGUCCUGACCCUCAAGGCCGAGGACGCCCCCGACUCGCUCAACCUCGUCUUCGAGAGCAGCGCCAGUGACCGCGUCAGCGAGUAUGACCUGAAGCUCAUGGACAUUGACCAGGAGCACCUCGGCAUUCCCGAGACCGAGUAUGCCGCCACCAUCACAAUGCCCAGCGGCGAGUUCAGACGGAUCUGUACCGAUCUGAUGGCCAUGUCCGAGUCUGUGACGAUCGAGGCCAGCAAGGACGGCGUCAAGUUUGCGGCCAACGGUGACAUCGGCAACGGCUCCGUCACUCUGCGCAGCCACCAAGAGGUGGACAAGGAGGAGAACAACAUCGACAUUGAGCUGACGGAGCCCGUCUCACUGACAUUCUCGCUCAAGUACCUGGUGAACUUCUGCAAGGCCCAGCCCCUGUCGACGAGAGUCAAGAUCUGCCUGUCCAACGAAGUGCCCCUCUUGGUGGAGUAUGGCCUUGCUGGAACCAGCUACCUGCGAUUCUACCUGGCACCCAAGAUUGGUGAUGAGGAGUAG